UCCGAAUAUUGUACAAGCUGCAUACAUUUCUAAUUCUAAAAAGGGAUUAAAAGUCCGUUGACGGAUCAUUACACACAACCAUAUUUUUAUUUGUAAAUAAACUUCAGUUUUUUUCAUUCAUGAGAGUAUUUUGUGCAUUCUCACAACAUGGAUAAGGGAUAAAUAAAGGUCACCCCUAACAAAUAAAAAAAUAUAACUUCUUGUUAUUGAUUUGAUAUUAAAGUUUUAGAUUUUAUUGACUAUGGGAUGAGUGCAAUUGGAUUAUCCUAUUUCGGAAUAAAAGUAAAUUAAAUACAAAUACUUUAAAAAUGGGUGACCAUCUAGCAGUUAAUAUUGUAUUGGAUAGUAAAUGCAUAGCUGUCCCUUAUAAUAAGACUACAACUGCAGAAGAUGUUUGUAUUUAUAUAUGUAAGCAAUUAAAUAUUGGUUCCUUAACCAGACAUCUAUUUGCCCUUCGCGUUAGUGGAAAAACGAAUUUCCUUAUGCCCGCCGCUACAUUCAGUGAAAAACCAGUUCCUUUAGACUUUAGAAUGAGAUUCAAAGUGGCUAACAUAAUAAAACUCAGAAACUUUGACCAGCACACUUACAAUUACUACUUCCACCAAGCUCGCACUGACGUUUUGGACAACAAAAUACCGGAUAUAAUUUAUGAGAAACACAGAAGUGAGAUAGUUGGUUUAGGUAUAACAGAUAUGUACAGAGUGAUGUUAGAGAAGGAUAUUUCCAAAGAAGCUGUAGAAAAUGAUUACAAAAAAUAUUUUCCAAAGGAAGUAUUGAAAAGGCAUCCAUUCUUUAUGAGAAAACCGAUUCGGGACCAUCUGACUAAGCUGUCCAAAUCAGUGUAUGAUGCUUCAUAUGUCAAAACAGAAUAUUUAAAACAACUAGAAUCGAUUGCCCCAGAGUACUUAAUUGAAAAUUAUAAAGCCUGUGUGGACCAAGAGGGUUCAAUUUACAACAUAUACUUGAAAGUGAAUCCUUACCACUCCACAGAACCUGGCAUAAGAUAUUGCAUAGAUCCCAAAAAAGGAGAUUGGCAAUUAAUUUGCUCAAUAGAAGAUGUCGUUUUUGUAUCUAUUCGAGCUGAUAAUACCACAGAAAUUAGUCGUAAGACAGGAAUACCCUUUUACCUUAAGUUCGAUUUUGCAGAUACUCUCAGAUCCUUCAUUAGUCUUUUAGAUGGUUAUUAUAGGUUAACUUGCAAAUGGACUUUCAAUAUAUGUAAAGAUGUGUAUACACCGUCGCUACAAAAAUUGCAUGCCAUGAAGUGCCAUGGACCAGUAGGAGGAGAAUUUUCUUAUGCUAAGCUAGAAGAAAAGAGAGCAAACAGACCUGGCUGUUUUAUCAUAAGAGAAAGUGAGUCUUCAAGAUAUAAUGAUUAUUACAUAGAUGUUUGCAUGAAAGACAGCUUAAAACCAAAAACUUUUAAACUAGAAAAAAUAACUGGCAAUGAAUUCAUAUUUAAUGAUGAUGUAAAAAAAUACAAAAGCAUUCAAGACUUAAAGAACACUUAUAACGACUUGAAUGGACCUAUAUACCUCCAAGAAUGUUUACCACCAUCAGAAUAUGACAUCUCCCCAUUGCUGCUUUGCAGAAUCGAUAAUAUUGAAGGAGAUUCUUUAACAGAUAGCUCUGUGUUAAAUGCACUGAGUAUGCCAACAAUGCCAUUGUGCAUUAACUGUAAAAAAUUACAGGUUUACAAAGGCCAGAAGCGGGAAGGCUCCAGAGCUAUAACGGUGGUAUUUCGCAGCAUGUGGAUAAUAACCAAAGGCAAAAAAAUUGAAGUCGCCAUGAAAGUCCUUAAACAAGAUUAUGCUGAUAAAUACCUGAAAGAUUUCUUAUCAUUAGCAGGACAGUGGGCAUUUCUUCAAUCCAGCGCAAUAGUUAGAUUAUUUGGAAUAGCAUUUACUAGUAACAUUUCACUUGUAUUGGAGUACUAUCAAUUAGGAGCUCUUGAUUUAUAUUUACGAAAAAACAAACAAAAUCUAAAACCCGUCGAUCUAAUCGAAGCUGCAAGCAACUUAGCAUCAGCUCUGUGGCACUUAACAGAAAACAGAAUCAUUCAUGGCAAUAUCAGAUGCAGAAAACUAAUGGUAGCCUCUCAUGAUGAUAAUUCUUUCACAGUAAAACUAACAGAUCCUGGAAUUCAUACGGAAUAUGCAUCAUCAGAAGUACAUUGGAUCCCAGUAGAGUGCUACACCAAAUUAGAUCUAGCAAAAAUGUCUACUGAAGCAGACGUAUGGUCCUUCGGCACUACUAUAUGGGAAAUCUACAUGUAUGGAGAAGAAAUAAAGCCAAUCGAUCAUCUGCAGGCCAUGAGGUCAUACCAAAGCGGCGAACGGCUGCCCCAACCCAGCAGCUGCUCGAAUGAAAUGUACAUUCUAUUGAAAGAAUGUUGGGAUAAAGACCCCCACAAAAGGAAGAAGCCCCAAGCAAUUUUGCGAGAUAUCAAUCAGAUCUUAUAUGAGGUAUAUAAUUCGAGACGGACACACACUUAUGCAAAAGUGUUCAGUAAAAUUGCUUUACAAAAUGUACUCGGUGCUUCAAGUAUCAGUCUAAACUCGAACCAGACAGAGUGUACAAAUGUACCUUAUCCUGAUGAUAGUGAUUUAGCUAGUGAAUGUUCUGAUAAACCUAGCAUUUCAGGAAGUCCUUCUCUUAGAGAUCCCAAUUUUAUACACAACUUUGACGAUUCUUAUGAUUGGACUAAUAUCAUUUCAACUACUACUGCUACUACCUCAUUAGACAGCUUGAAUUCAAUGCAAAGUGUUUUUGAAUUAGAUGAUAAUUAUAAUGUAGUUUUGCAAGGCAGAAUCGGUCAGGGUUUCUAUGGGGAGGUUUUUAAAGGAACGCUAGAAUCUGUCGACGGUCUAGAGGAGGAACCAAAAAGGGUUGCUGUAAAAAAACUAAAAACCUUUGCUGAAUCUACUUGCUUGCAAGACUUUGAACGAGAAAUUAAUAUUAUGAAAUCAUUAGAACAUCCUAAUAUAGUUAAAAUUAUCGGUGUUCAAAGAGAAAGUGAAAUAUUAUUGGUAAUGGAGUUUGUGCCUCACGGCUCGCUCCAGAGCUAUUUAAAAAUCAAUAGGGAGAGUCUUCAAGAAGCGCAGUUACUAAACUAUGCCCUGGAUAUAGCUAAGGGCAUGGAUUAUCUGGGUAAGGAGAAGAUAGUACACAGAGACUUAGCUGCUAGAAAUAUAUUAGUUGUUGAUGAAAAUCACGUUAAGAUAUCUGAUUUCGGGUUGGCCCAAGUUAUGAGUACAGAUGAUUAUUAUUACAUGAAGACUCCGAAUAGAGAAUUGCCUAUAAAGUGGUUCGCUCCUGAAAGUUUAAGAGAUGGAAAAUUCUCUGUUAGAUCAGAUGUGUGGUCGUAUGGGGUGACGAUGUGCGAAAUGUUCAAUUACGGAGAAGAACCUGUACUGGCCAAUGUAACCGAAAAAAUCGACGAGGGCGUGCCCCAGCAACAAGCUUUGCUCACCGCACUAGAGGGUGGAGCAAGGUUCCCUUGUCCCCCGAAAUGUCCCAGGGCUGUGUAUGUCAGGAUUAUUCAUCCCUGUUGGGAAACGAAUCCACAUAAAAGACCUCUAUUCUCAGCAAUAGCUGAAGAAAUUCAAGAAUUAAUCUCACAUUAAGUAUGUAUCAUAUUAGGAUUAAUAUUUAAAAGAAAGUUGAAAUAUUUUAAUAUUAAUAAUAGAGAAAAUAUGCCAUCUAUAAUUUUAAGUUUUAUUUUUUGUUCAAAUAAGUAGGUAAAUACUAUUAUUUAAGAACCAGCAAUCAAAUAUAUGAUGUUCAUAUCAUUUUUAAAUCGUGUGGCUAUAAAAAUUUGAUACAGGGAGGGAUAUAUCAAUUUUCCUAUUUUCUGUGCGUACUAUAACUUAUUAAUACUGCAUGCAAGUUUAUAGUUGACACAUUGAUGAACAUUUAAAUCAAUGUACGAGGAUGGGAUAAAUAAUUUCCAGUCUAAGAGAGAAAAAACAAAAUAUUUCAAUUGACGAUCACUAGAUACAAUUUUAUGGACUUUCAGGACUCUUUUCUGUCGUAGCCGAUUUUGGCCUACCUGGCAUUUUGGCAUGACCUUAAUAAUUUAGUAUCAACAAAAUUUUUAGUGUCAGGUUCGCAAUAUUUUAUCCACUGUGGUGUUGUCAUUUUUGCCUCGUCGUUAUUAUGUCACACAAUGUGAAUUAUUGUCUUUUAUAGUUUGAUUUAAACAAGGAUGUGAACGGAAGUAGAUCUUAAAUUAUUUAAUCAAGUGUGUCUUCUCUUGUAGAGGGCCAAAAUAAGUCUGUUAUAUUUAUUUAUAGUGACCGUAGCAAAUGAUAUUCUUGUACUUUUCAAGUUACUUAAUUUAGGUAGUUUUGGUAGGACUACACUGUCAUACAAUUACCGAGUGGCCAUUGUCGUUUUAUAUGUUAAUUCUUUUUAUCGUUUCAAAGAUUGAUGGGACGACAAUCUAAGAAACUUACCAUCUUUAGAACAAAAAAGGCGUUAAAAAUUACCCAAAAUUAUUUCUGUAAUAUGAAGGGGGCAACCUAGUGCACUUGCGAAGCAUCAUUGAAAAGUUCGUCAAAAAUUGCGGGGUGUUAAAUUGUUACCAACGACUUGCAGAUAAAAAUAGUAGCAAAAGAAAUAUUUAAAUUUCAAUCCCCCUCAUAUAAUUGUCAUUAAAAGUAACUAUAAAUAUUUCACAAUUGUGGCUACAUUAUCUAAUAUAAAUUGAAUAUGAUCUCCGUUAUAAAAUAAUCUAAUCAUUGUAUGUGUUUCCAUGUUUGUUAUUGAAAGAAAAUGAUGGAAAAUCGAAUAAAGUUAAUAACGAAAAAUUAAAAUGAAUUGGACUGUUCUUAAUAAUUACCAAAUGAGACAAAGACUGAGCGCACUUUAAAAUACACGCUGAAAAAGAUAAUAAGAAAAUAAUUGAUCUAUUCAAUCAAAAAUAUCUUACUUUUCUCGCCUUUAUUUUCACUCUUCCAGAGCCUCCAACAUACCAUUGCUAAUACAUAUUAUUUACUGUCAACUUUAAAAUAAUGUUCAAAACAAAUUUUAUAGGUAUUAUCUAAAAACCACACAAAAGAUAAAAUGACUACAAAUCACUAUUAUAACUAUAUUAUAUCAACCAACCACGCUACUGGUUUUUAUAAUAGAAUACUCUGAAAUGCGAAAAAGUUAAGCAUUGAUAAAAAUGCCCAAUCGUUUAGUAAAUUACUGAGUUGUUUCUAAGCCUCAGAAAAAUCAUCACUCGGUUUUUCUAAUGUACACUAAAUACUUGAAUUGAUAUUUAUUUUGUAUUCUUCUUUAUAUUAUUUAACAUUGCAGCAGGAAAAAGUUUUAACGAACCCUGUAACUUUAUUUAAAAAUACAUUUAUUCAAUUUAUAUUAGAACAAGCAUAACUGCAAUACUAAAAUCUUUGUUAGAAAAAUUUCUUAUUAUUCUUAAGAACGACAUUAUUGAUGAAAACCAUUAAAUUUUGACACCUUUUUAAAUGAUCAUCCCAUAUAUGUUAUGAAUUACAAGUGAUUAAUGUAAAUAUAUCUUGUUUAAUUAAUAGUAUAGCAAUUAAUUUCAAACAUUGUGGGAAUGAAAGUUUUACUAUGACUGUUCCUCUUUUUUAAACAUCAGGGAUUAAAUCUUUAUUAAUUAUGAACAAUUUGCAUACAUAAAUAAUUUAUUAAAUGGCCCGUUCCUAUCAUAAUAACCAGAGCAGUAUAGAUAUUGUCCUAAAUAAUCACUUGGUCUAUAACAUAAAUUUUAUGUAAAAAUUGUCUAUUAAUUUAUGAGCAUUAUUUCAGGGAUAUUUUAUCAUAUUAUUUUGAUUUUUUAUACCUUACUGUUAAAAAGAAAUAGCUUCAUAUUUUUUGCUCUUGAUGAACUGAGAUCAUUUUUACAACACUAUAGAACACAUUUAGUUCUCUUUUUACACGAAGUUGAACAGUUUCAUUUAUUAAUGUAUAUAGGUAUCUACGGUAUAUUUUUUUAUAUUUUUUACAGUGUAAAAAUAGAAUUGGAUGUAAAACACUGAGUGCAUUUUUUGUGUGUGUAAACUUCAGACAUUUAUUUAUAGUGUGUUAAAAUUUUUCACGAUUCAUUAGUUUGUAACGGUUACUCUUCUAGUAC